UUUUUCCCAACAUCCGGGACCUUUGAAGCUGCAAGUGUGUGUGGAAACUGGGUGAGGAGGGCAGUGGAGAGCGGUGGAAAGGCGGACUGAUGACAGCUGUCAGUGUGGACAAAAACACUACUAAUCUCUGACGAGAAGCCGAAUGGCUCGCCCCUAAACAUCCAGGAGAAAAGGGACAACUCCUUGGCAGUAUCGCGGGUUAUUUAAAGGUGUCGCGAAGGUGGAAACACACAGUUCUGUUACUCUUCUGGACUUACACAUCAUUGGUGGAGCUACAGUUGCAGAGGCAACAUGGGGACACAAGGCUCUGGUAGAAAGCGUGCUCCUGUGAAAGACCGCUUUUCAGCAGAGGAUGAAGCCUUGAGUAGCAUAGCCCGGGAGGCGGAGGCGAGGCUUGCAGCGAAGAGGGCGGCUCGGGCAGAGGCCAGGGAUAUUCGAAUGAGGGAACUUGAACGGCAGCAAAAAGAGCGUUCUUACCACUCAUCAUCCAGCAGUAGCAACAAAAAAUGGGGUCAGAUCCACCAGUGGAUGGCUGACUCAGAGAAAGCCAGAGGCUCUAGUAUUAGUAAAUCCAGCAGCCAUCAUCGCCGGGGGCUGGAUGAUGAUGUCAUGUCGGUCCGCAGCUACAGGUCAACCUCAUCAUCAGUGCGGGACUUGGGGUCUAAGAGUCGAUCCAGUUCCCAUAGAAGAGAUCCGCUGUCUGAUGCCCUUUCCACUAGCUCCGCCCUCAAGACUUCCCGCUCCACUGUAUGUGCCUGUGUGACGGUCAUCUGUUUAUCACUGCUGAUACGCAUUUUCAAGUCAUUUUCUAUACUAGUUUCUUUUCGUUUUUUAAAUAUUUUUCUCUGGGCUGAACAGAGUUCCGUGUACAAUGACCUGCACGGCCAUAAAAGGUCUUCAUCCAGCUCCUCGAGGAAGGACCUGCUGGCUGGACUUUACCACGAUCAAAGGAACUACACCAGCCUCACGAAGACCAAACCAACGACUCCUUCCUCCACCUCCACCUAUACGCCUCGGGCCACCACUUCCUCAUCCUCCUCCACCACUGGCACGGCGCUGCCUCGUAGCUACAGCAUGGCAUCUAUUGGCGAUGACGCCGGCCUUUACGGCUCGGGGCAAAGUUCAAGAGCUCCCUCUGAACUCAGCUGGUACUCCUCUGCAGCCAGCUCCACCCGUAACAGCCCUGCGUCUUCUUCAGAUGAUGACACUGUCAGCAGCGUGUCCCAGGAACGCUUCAACCGAGGCCGCAGGGACAGUGUGUCCUCUGACUUCUCGGACAUUAGUGAGUCGGCUGCUGAUUAUUUCAGCCGCACCAACCGGAGAGGCAGUAUUGUGUCUGACCUCGAUGAUUUGAGCAUUCCAGAUCUUGACAGUCUGGAUGAAAAAUGUGACAAGCAGUAUUCAGAUUUUAGUCGGCCAUCUUCCCGAUGCGCCACCCCAGGCCUCUCAGCGGCCACGUUGGCGUCGCUGGGCGGCACCUCGUCAAGGAGGGGCAGCACAGACACAGGGAGCAUCUAUGACGCCGACACCAGUCUGAGUGAACUUAGGGAUAUCUAUGAACUUAAGGACCAGAUUCAGGAUGUAGAAGGGCGGUACAUGCAAGGGCUUAAAGAGCUGAAGGAGUCACUUGCAGAGGUGGAGGAGAAGUAUAAGAAAGCCAUGGUAUCGAACGCACAGCUGGACAACGACAAAGGCAACCUCAUCUACCAGGUGGACACACUAAAGGACGUCAUCGAGGAGAUGGAGGAACAAAUGUCCGAGAUGAAGAGAGAGCUGGAAGACAAGUCAAAGGACCUAGAACGACAAAAGCACACGUGUACGGUCCUGCAGCAUAAACAGGAAGAGCUGAAAGAGGGGAUCCGCCAGAGAGAUGAGCUUAUAGAGGAGAGCCAGCGAAUGCAGACUAAGUUAGAUGCCCUCACCAGAGAGGUGUUUGACCUGCAGGAAACGAUAAACUGGAAGGACAAAAAGAUCGGGGCCCUAGAGAGGCAGAAAGAGUACUUUGAUUGCAUUAGGAAUGAGAGAGACGAGCUCAGAGAUGAGCUUGCUGACAUCAAGGGGAAGGCCAAAGCAGGAGAGACACACGGGCUGGUCAUCAUCCCCGACGGAACACCCAAUGGAGAUGUGAACCACGAGCCUCUGUCCGCAGGGAUCACUGUGGUCUCCCAGGAGGCCGCGCAGGUGCUGGAGUCUGCCGGGGAAGGUCCUUUGGAUGUGAGGCUACGGAAGUUGGCAGAGGAGAAAGAUGAACUGUUGGCUCAGAUCAGGAAGCUGAAGAACCAGCUGGAGGAGGAGAGACAGAAACAGUCAAAGAUGGACAGUGCAUACACAGACGGGGAGAGGAUGGAGAACGGUACAGACCUGCACAUCAUCGAGAUGCAGAGAGAUGCCAACAGACAGUUGAGUGAAUACAAAUUCAAGCUUUCUAAAGCAGAACAGGAAAUAGGUACAAUGGAACAAAAUAUUAACAGACUUGAAGGGCAAGUGUCAAGGUACAAGUCAUCAGCAGACAACUCAGAGAAAGUAGAAGACGAACUAAAAGCAGAAAAACGGCGACUUCAACGAGAGCUUCGCAUGGCUCUGGAUAAGAACGAGGAGAUGGAGAUGACCAACAACCACCUAGUGAAGCGCCUGGAGAAGAUGAAGGCCAACAGGAACGCCCUCCUGUCGCAGCAGUGAGGCGAGGCAGCGUCCUCACAGAAGCCCUUAAACUCGCACCUCAGACCUCUGACUGCCAUAUUGUGUCUGGAGCACAUUUCCAUUUUUAGCUGUAACACUUUUGAGAUUUGUAGCUAACCAAAAACACUUUAAAAUCAAAAACAACGUGUAGCACAGGCGACAAACAGAACUGUCUUCUUUUUAAACCGGAAGCGUUGGUUUUGCCCGGCAAGCCGCCGCUGCUUGGAGGGAAUGACUCAGAAAUAAACUAAUAAAACUAUUAAGUUGCUGGGAGAUACAUCUGAGGAAACUUCUCUAAUCACUACUUAAUUUUCAGAGCUUUGUUCUGCAUCUUGUUAUCCACAGAUUGUCUCUCUGGCUGGGUGCUUGGCUGUACUCUUUGUUUUUUUUCAUAAGUUGCAUGAAUGAAUAUAACGAUGCUUUUUAAACUUUUCAACCCUCACGGCUGCUCCGGCCCCGCCGCACCUUCCCGGCUUCCUCUCACAGUGAAGUGCCUUUUCACACUCGGAGACCGGGGGUCCGCACGGCUCCACGAAAAAAAACAAUAAUUGUUUUAACAGGUACAGAAUGAUGUAUUUAAAAAAAGGUGCAGUCAUAAUUUGAAAUGUAUGUAGAACCAACUGUGUCUGCUGCGGUUUCAUUGAACAUUUUCAAAUAUUUAAAAGAUUUCUUGAGAAUAAAUGUGUAAUUUACAGAA